AUGGAUGCCAUUGCCGACCAAGUGUUCACCGAUGUACCCCAGCCAGGCGAGCAGAUUGACGACCCGUCACUCUUGACCGUGGUGCUUGACAUGCUGCCGCUGGGGUGGGUGGCAAUCGAGAACCAGAUAUCCCUCAACGAGGUGAUGAAGUGUCUCCUCGUGUUUCUCAAUGCCCAUCUCUCGUUAAACAACUCCAACUUGGUGGCAUUUAUAGCACUGCUGCCACGGGGACUGAAGUUUCUCUGGCCCAAUCCUCACAAAGACUAUGACGCUGACCGGCUGGCGCCUCCCUUAGUGAAUCCAGGCAUGUACCGGCAAUUUCGUGUUGUCGACGAGGCGGUGCUCCGAGAACUAAACGAGUGUUUUGAACAAGAUAAAGCUAAUCCCUCAGAACACCUACACCACUCAACACUUGCCGGAGCCUUGCUGAUGGCGCUCACCUACACCAAUCGCAUAUUGACGGUGGACCAACAAAUCACAACCACCACGGCGCUGGCGAUCCUGAAUCUGACGAAAACCACCAGUGGCGAGAGCAAUGCUAACACCUCAGGCACGCUUUGGGGAUCAACUAAUUACCGACUGCGGAUUUUGGUGGUGCUGGCUAAUCAAGACGACAACAUCCGCUAUAUCCCCGUAAUGAACCUGAUCUUUGCCGCUCAGAAGAUGAAGGUGCCCAUCGAUGUGGUGCAAUUGGGCACUCAGGACCAAGCGUUUCUUCAGCAGGCCAGCGACGCCACCCAGGGGGUGUAUCUUCGCCUUCAUGACCCUCAGGGCCUCAUCCAAGUGUUGGCCACUGCCUACUUUGUCGAGCCUAGUUUAAGGCCUCUCAUCGUGCUCCCCACAAAUACAAACGUCAACUACCGGGCGCUGUGCUUCAUUACGGGUAAGCAAGUGGAUAUUGGCUACGUGUGCAGUGUGUGUUUGUGUAUUAUGCUGAUGAUCCCCGAGUCCAAACAGUGUCCGGCGUGUGAGUCGAAGUUUGACCCCGAAAUACUCGCUCAAUUGCUGAAGGGACCGGUUAUUGCCCGCAAAAAGCGGAAGACUGAGGCAUGA